UCUUGGUGUUUCAAAUUUCCGCUCCGACAGUCUCUUGUCAGUGCCUGCAGUCACUGGUGCUGAGUAGUAUUAUUAUCUGUAGUCGCUGCGUAGAACCAUUUGGCGGCUUUGGAAAAGCUCAAAGAUUCCUUAUUUUGCCAAAAAACGGAACUCCAUCAUUCCAUGUCCAACCUACAGGAACGAUCACUUUAAAAAUUGCUGAUUUCUCAUGGUUAUUCUCAUUGUCAGCUUUAUUAGUAACAAAUCAUGACAUGGUAUAUGCUAUAGGAACUAAUAAAAAUGGAUGUCUUGGAAUUGGUAAUACUUAUGCUAUGUUUAAUCCAAUCAAAGUUGAAGAAUUAUGUGAAAAAAAUAUAAAAUCCUUUUCAUUUGGCGACUAUCAUUUUCUGGCCCUCACAAAGCAAGGAAAGGUAUAUUCAUGGGGACAAAAUGAUUAUGGUCAAUUAGGAAAUGGAUGUUACGAACAGUCUUUAAUACCAAUUAUUGUAACAAAGCCUGUAUGCAAUGAACACAUUACGGAUAUGGCUUGUGGAAGUUAUCACUCUCUUGCACUAACAAAUGAAGGGAAGGUAAAACGGAAGCUUCAUAUAAAAAUUUCCGUCUUUGGAAACUCCUUCAUUUCUCAUAGCCUAAGCUGUACGCAACACAAUUAAUGUUACAAAAUAUUAUGAUAAACUUAAUAAUAAGUAG